AAAGAAACGGCUGACAAGUGGACAACAACUCAUGUUAACUUGGACCGGUGGGGCCCAAAAUCCAAACGCCACGAUUUCCGAAAAUCAUUUGAAAACACAGAAGCGCUCGAAAGUACCUCUCGCUGACGGUUAAAAUUCCUUCUUCCCUAAUUUCUCGAUCCCUUCCGAAAACCAGACCCACUUAGGGUUUUAUAAUUCGUUUUCAAUCCUGUUCUGGGGUUUAAAUUUCGAUUCUUUGGGGUUGAUUGGAUUCGAAACGACAAUGUCGGCAUCUAACGUCUCCAUCUCUGCCACCCCGGCGGUGGCUCGCCGUCGGCCUGUUGUCGUCGGCGAGAAGAAGUCGAGCAUCGAGUUAUUGACCGCCGAACCGAACCCUAAUGUUAACAUUGGGGAUGAUAAAGCCGGUGCCGCUGCCACUGCCGGUCACAGCAGAGAUCUGAGCCACCACUCCGUCCGUGGCGAGGCGUCGAAGGACACGGUGCAAGCAAGAAAAGCCGCCUUGGGUCAAAAUUCGAACGCUACGCUGCGGCGGACACGGAAAGGAGUGCUCAACAAGACUGAGAAACCCUGGUGGUUGACUGUUGUUAGUAUCGUUACUAAGAAUUUAGUGCUUUUGCGUUUGUUUGGGUUAGUUCAGAUUAUUUGGAGAUUGGCUAUGAACAGUGGGGAGGCUAGUCGGGUUGGGACACAGAUGGGAUUAACUGAAUUUGAGGGCAGGGUUGCUGAGGUUGAGAGUUUUUUGAAGACUACGGCGAAAAUGAUUCAGGUUCAGGUAGAGGUUGUUGAUCGGAAAAUUGAAAAUGAUAUUGGUGGGUUAAGGAGAGAAUUGAAUGAGAGAAUUGAUGAUCAAAUUGGGGCAGUGGAGAGUUCAUUGAAGAAAUUGGAAGAAAAGAGUGAGGGAUUGGAUAAGUCCUUAAGUGAAUUGAAGAGUUCGAAUUUGUUGACAAAGGAAGAGUUUGACAAGUUGUAUGAAAAACUGAUAAAAGAGAAGGGUGAAAAUGGUGACAAUGAAAAUGCAGUGAGUUUGAGUGAUCUAGGAGCCUAUGCAAGAGAGAUUGUUAAGAAUGAGAUUGAGAAGCAUGCCUCAGACGGGCUUGCGAGGGCUGAUUAUGCUUUGUUUUCGGGUGGGGGAAAGGUUGUUAUGCAUUCCGAGCCCUUACUUGUUGGAAAGGGUAGCAACUGGUUUUUGAAAAGUAGUCAAAAUGGGGUUCAUCGUGAUGCAGACAAGAUGUUGAAGCCAAGUUUUGGAGAGCCAGGACAGUGCUUUCCAUUGAAAGGAAGCAACGGGUUUGUUCAGAUCAAACUCCGCACAGCUAUUAUUCCGGAGGCUAUUACUUUGGAACAUGUUGCCAAGAAUGUGGCUUAUGACAGAUCGAGUGCACCCAAGGACUGCCGUGUCUCUGGCUGGCUGCAAGGUCGUGAUCUUGAUUCACCAGUUGAUGGCUAUAAGAUGUUUCUUUUGGCAGAAUUCGCGUAUGACCUUGAGAAGAGUAUCGCGCAGACCUUUGAUGUAUUGUAUGCAGCAGGUGUUGGCGUUAUUGACACGGUCAGACUGGAUUUCUCUUCCAACCAUGGGAGCCCCUCACAUACCUGCAUUUACCGUUUGAGGGUGCAUGGUCAUGAGCCUGAUUCUAUUUCAGUGGUGAAAAUGCAGUCUUGAAGCAUAUCAUACUUUGCCAUCUGCUGCAUUCCUCUUGUAAUUGUUGUUUUUUGUCUCUGUAUUUAAUUACUUAGGUCAUUGUACUCGCUAGAUACGGACUUCUUACUGUGUUAAGAUUUUCUUUUCUGUGUAGCAAAUGAAUGUGAUCUACGUGUAUGUUUUUAGUUAGGCUUUACUUGAAUUAAGAACAUUGAUAUGUAUGAAGUUUGAACCAGAAACAGAUGAGCUUUAGUCUCUCCUCCUGGAAGGAAAAGUUUGAUAGAAAAAAGACAAUUUGCUUUA